AAUAGCAGAAAUAGUUUGAGGAAAUUUAUGCACACAGAAGCGAUAGUAAAGAUUUCUACUUUCAAAGACAAAAGCCAUAAUUUACAAAUUUGGCAAUUAAAUGAGGUUUGAGCUGCGAUAGGAGCAUUUUGAUAUGCUGAAGUACUUUAAGAAACACAAAGGAUCCCGUAGCCGGGGAAUAUGGAAUGAUAUCCCAUUUCGAAAAUCUGAGGGUGAAACCAAUGAAGUCAGAUCAAAAGGAAACGAAUCACUACCAAGUGAAGUUGAAACCAAUCGCAGUUCCUUGCAGUCGUCUUCAAGUUUUUGUGACGAAAUUCUCUCCCAGGUAGACAUCGAUGAUGAUGCAAUUGAAGGUGGUGAUAGUUGCGGGGAAAGCUUGGGCGGCUAUAGUUUGGCAUCCGAUGAUGAUAUUUUUCGAUAUAAAUCUCGUCUGGCGAUGUCACUUUUGUCAAUAGUAAGUGAUCCAAUUUGUCUAAGUUACUUUGUGCAAUACUUAGAUACAAGGCAUGCACUUCCUCCACUCAAGUUUUAUCUUGACACGGAGACUUUUAAAACUGUUGCACAAGCACACUUAGAGAGGGAACAACACAAUGAUGGGCAAGCACCAUUAGAAAGUGUAAAAGCAAAGCAUCGUUCUUCCGAGGUUAAAAUACAUGCCCAGAUAAACGGAAAUAGAAUGAAUGCCACAAAUUUGGAAGAGGACAAGGAUAAAGUACCUGAAUUAAAAAGUUAUUAUGAUUUAUCUAUGCGUCAGCCUCUUACAGAUGAUGAAAAGAGUCAAAUAUACGCCGAAACUAAUAAGCAAAUUCAUCAAUGUAAUGAGAAUACACGGAAUAAUAAUUUAAACAAAAGUAGCAAUAGUUACUCGGGUAGAAAAAGUGGCAUUGAAAGUAAUAAGCCCAGCAGGGCUGAAAAAUGUAUGAGUCCAGCUAGCGUUCAAGAUGCAAUAGCAAUAUACCAAAAAUACCUAAUUGCAGAUGCAAAUCAGUUUGUCUCUCUACCGGUCGAAAUUUUGUCGCAAAUAUCGUUGCACUUAUGUACACGAACUGAAACACAAGCAUGUUCACAAAAUUCAAAAGGAACAGAAGUUGCACCCACGCUCCCGUCAACAUGCUUUGAUGAAGCGCAACGUUAUGUUUUAGACCGGAUAGAACGAGAUUAUUUAAAUGACUUUUUACAGAGCCCUUUUUACAGCAAAUACUGUGUAGAAUUGAUAGAGAAUGGCCAACCAGACCUAUCAAUUUAUGAUAUUCUCUACAGUGAGGCCACACUCUUUUUCUUCAUGGAGUUUCUUGAGCAGCACGGCGGACGAGAAUGUCUCGACUUUUGGACAUCAGCCAUAAACUUUCGCAAAAGCUUCGAAGCUUCGGUAGAAGAUACAGAAAUUGAAAACGAUAAGUUGGAGUUGCGAAAAUCACUCGAAUCAGAAGCUCAAACUGAUGCAAUGAUCAUUUAUGAAAAAUUCUUCUCGCUCCAGUCUGAGGAUCGUUUUUGGUUAUCUGACCGACUUCGGUGCCGAGUUGAAGAACGUAUUUGUGCUAAAGGCCGUAUUGCAUACUGUUUUGAUUUGCCUUUGCAGUUAAUUGCAAAAUAUUUAGAGCGCAAAUAUUUCCAAGGUUUUCUGAAAUCACAGCUUUUUCAGAACUACUUAAAUGAGUUAAAGUUGAAAUUACGCGAUGCCAAUGACUUAGCAACGAGUGCGGAUUUUACAACAGAUGCAUCGUCUAGCGGUGUUUUUCGUAAAUCACUCCACCGCAAAACACUCUCUGAUUGCAGUGAAGGAAGUCGGCGCGAAGUUUUGAAACAAAACACCCUACUAGCGAUGGACGGUAACAAAAUGCCACAACCACGUACAAGAAAUAUCGCACAAUCGUCUGGGUCGGAUCUUCACAUUGACUCACGUCAACUAAUAAAUCCAAACUUAAUGUGGCAUCGGUCAUACUCAUCAGAUGGUGGAGCUCUUAAAUUUGGUCAUAUCAACGAAUUGGGUCGCUAUGAACGUGACUUCGAUGCAGUAGAUUCUGUGGGGAGUGAAAUAGCAAGCGGGGGCAAACACAAUUGGUCUUUAAAUCUUAGUGGCAACAAAAUCAAAAAUGCAAUGCGAAAACUUGUUAAUUUGCCUGAAGAUAAGGUUCAAGAAGAAAUUGCUUGGCAAGUAGCUGAAAUGAUCGUUAGAGAUGUGACAAAUGUAACGCUUAGAAGUGAUCAACUCCACUCUAACCCACAACUAAAAACACAAACAAAAACAACCGCCCCCGACUUUAAGAGUGAAGUUAUAAGGCCAUCUUAAUUACCUUCUUUUGGAAAUAUGAGUUCAGAACUUUAUAAUUUCUCAAUAAUAACUCUAAAUGUUUUUAUCCGCGUUAGCAUAUCGAAUGCAAGAAAAAUGACUUUUGCUUAAUAAUAUUAGCCAUCAUUUAGUUUUCUGUUGCAUUAAAAUAAAAUAUUUUGACAUAGAAGCUUGACAUUUGGAAUAUGAUUAAUGCAAAGCGUUCAGAUAGUUAAAAAUUGUAUAUUUAUUCAAAACUCGAAUUUUCAGUUGUUGAAACAAACUGCUCUCUAAUAUAAAUUUGUUUUAUUGUAAAUUCAAAAAUGUUUUCAGUUAAAUAUAUGUAUGAAUGUAUGUUCAUGCUAAGCCUAAAUGUGUAUACCUCAAGUAACUCUUAACGUCAUGCUCAAAUUUCACUCUUUAUACUCUUUUUUCUGAAAAUGCUAAGUUACAAAAGUAUAAAAUUAAAAGCAAAACAUUUAUUGCAUGAAAAA